AGAGCUCAAUUGUUUCGAUGAAUCCAGUCUGGCUCUAGAUAGGCGGGAUUUAGAGGAUAAGGUGAGUCAGGAUUGCAAAAACCCCGGAGGAUAAUCGACCUACCCCGCCAGGUUCAGUCGCGUGGACGAAUGUUUUAAGUAAGGCAAAGGAAGCCAGGCUUAGAUUGAGACAUGGGUGAGACAGCUGGAAGGGAACAUGGGAUUGUUACAAGAUCUGCUGAGUAUAUUGGCUCAUGUCCGGUGGAUGACAGUUGUUUGGAUGAUCAGAUUCAGCAGCUGCACACUCAGCUGAAGGCUUUCAAGAGCUGCAAGAGUAAGCGAACAGUCUCAUUGAGGUUCUCUGUCAAGGGAGUCAAAGUUUAUGAUGAAGAUGAAACGACGCUCCUCAUGGCUCACGCCAUGUGUCGAGUCUCGCUGUCCACUGCCCGUCCGUCUGAUGCCCAGUUUGCCUUUGUCUCCCAUAAUCCUGGCAAUUCUGAUGCCCAGCUCUAUUGCCACCUCUUCAGAGCCAGACAUGCCCGAGCUGCCCAGUUCCUGAACCUGCUGCUUUGCCGCUGUUUUCAACUGUAUUUUCUGGAGAAGCACCCAGAGGAAGCACAGGAUGAGUGUUCAGGGAAGAAACCAACUCGAACCCCAUCGUUGCUUAAUCAAGGUUUCCCUCUCAGUGUUAGUGCCUUGGUGUCUUUCCGCAGGGCCCCAACUCAAGGCCUGCUACCAGGGGCAAAGGUGUUCUCACAGCCAAGCACAGAGCAAGUCAGCAGUCCGGAAGAGGGCCCCACUUCUUCUCCGACUAUAGUUCGUAAAAAGGCGAUUCGACCUAAAGAGCUGCGCUCUGGAGCAUAUCGCUCUUUUACAUUUACUCCUCUCAAACAGCGGCACCUGCAGGAUAAACUGAGUGCACCACAAGAAAAGGAACAAGCCAGUGCAAAAGCAUGCAAGUCUCGCGUGCCCAGUUUAGCCGAGACAGAAGAAGCUCUGGCUCAAGCAGUGUGGUGCUGGGCUGGCGUGUCUAGCGACUGUAGUUCUUCAUUGCUGGUAGAUGAUGUCUUGGGUGCCUUCCUGCUAUGUCCUCAUCCCAAAAAGCCCAACCGUGGGUCUCUUAUAGUCCGCUUUCCCUCAGGACUGGUAACUCAUGCUAUUAAGAAUUCCAAGGGGAAGUUCCAGCUUGAGAAAUGCCAAAUUGACUUCGAAAGCUUUGCUGCUUUGAUUGAGCACUACACAGAGUUCAAUAAGGAGCUGGAAUGUUCUCUGAGCUGCGCCCGCGUCAACCACUGCUACGAUUGGGAAGAGAUUGUGAAAAAGAGUUCACGGUCGCUGCAGGACAACAAGAAAGGCACUUUCAAAAACCAAAGUUGGGUUUGAAUCCUGUCUUUCAUGCACUUUUUUUUUUUUUUUUUUUUAAUACAGUAGUUUUUAAAACACAUUUUAUACUAUAUAUUUUAAACUUUACAGAGCUGCUGACAUUAGUAAACCUUCCUAACAAGGAUCUUAAGUCACUGGCACACUUUUUUGAUAUUUUAAAAGGACACUUCUGUUUUGCCUGUUGGCAAUAACCUCAACCCACCUAGAGCAUUCACAUUGUUGGUGUUUUGGUUUGAAUUUAUUUUCUAGGGAAACGAGCACUUACGUUUUUCAUGUAAAUGUCAGAUGUAAAUGUAUACUCCACAGCUUUUGCAAAGGUGCAGACUAUAUACGUUUUAUGUCCCAUCUAUUAUGUCUUUUAAAUUGUGUUAUAUGUGUUAAUAUUGAUUUUGGACUUUUUUUUUCCCCCCCACUCACUUUAUAAGAGAGCUUUUUAGUGAUAACCUGAACAUGUCCAGUGAAUGGAUUUUCUUUGCUCCCUUAAUGUUUUGGAACUCUUGCACUUUUCACCUCAUAAAUGCACACAUUUCUGUCAUUAGCUUUGCACCAGUGUAAAUUAAGUGUCUUGCCUCAUAGCAUAAACUGAUUUAUAUAGUCA